AUGGAAAAGCUUUCAAAAAAUGAAAAAGAGACUCCUGAUAGUUCCGAUGCUUCUCUACAUACUGCAAAAGCAACUUCUAAAAAAAGUACACAGGAUGCUUCAAAUCAAAAUAAUAUAAAUAAUAUAAAUAAUAGCAAGGAUAAUGAUCAAGACGAAAAGACAGCAUUGUCAGUAGGUCAUGAUUCCGUGAAAUCCAUAGUUCCUCUUGAUAUUCUAAGACAACUAUAUCUUCCUGGACAACAACAGGACAGGAUUUUUGAUCCAACAACGAGAACAAUAUCUUACCUUCAAUCGCAAUCAUUUUUUCCUGUAAAGUCGUUACGAUCUGAUGAGAAAAAAAGAAUACUAGUUACUGGAGGUGCAGGCUUUGUUGGCUCUCAUUUAGUUGAUAGAUUAAUGCUAAUGGGUCAUGAAGUAAUCGUACUUGACAAUUUCUUUACUGGUCGUAAGAAUAAUGUUGCUCAUUGGAUAGGGCAUCCUAAUUUUGAAUUAAUCCGUCAUGAUGUAGUAGAUCCAUUUUUAAUAGAAGUAGAUCAAGUUUACCAUUUGGCUUGUCCCGCGUCUCCGCCACAUUAUCAAUAUAAUCCAAUAAAGACAGUAAAAACAAGUGUAAUGGGCACAAUAAACAUGCUUGGACUUGCUAAAAGAGUUAAAGCUCAAGUCUAUGGAGAUCCAGAACAACACCCUCAAACAGAAGCAUAUUGGGGACAUGUCAAUCCUAUUGGUCCUAGAGCUUGUUAUGAUGAAGGGAAAAGAGUUGCAGAAACAUUAACUUAUGCUUAUAUGAACCAAGAUUUUGUGGAUGUAAGAGUGGCACGUAUAUUCAAUACUUUUGGACCUCGUAUGCAUGAAAAUGAUGGUCGUGUAGUAAGCAAUUUCAUUAUGCAAGCAUUGAAAGGAGAAGAACUUACUAUCUACGGGGAUGGUUUACAAACUCGAUCUUUUCAAUAUAUUCAUGAUUUGGUGGAUGGUUUAAUUUUACUGAUGAAUACAGAUUAUAAAGAGCCAAUUAACUUGGGAAACCCUGAUGAAUAUACUAUACGUGAGUUUGCUGAAUUAAUCAUUAAUGAGGUUAAUAAUUCUUGUAAGAUUAAAAAACUGCCUGCUCCAAAAGAUGAUCCUAAAAAACGAAGACCAGAUAUCAAAAGAGCAGAACAAAUUCUUGGUUGGAAACCAAGAUGGCCAGUAAAACAAGGUAUAUACGAAACUGUUAAAUAUUUUCGCAGGCAAAUGGAUGCGGGUCUCAUAUAA